GUCUGCUCUCAGUUCGCUGGUGUCACACACGAGCCUACCAAAAACUCUCUUGGCCAACAGCCAACCUCUCUCUUUUCCUCUACCUCUCUUCCAUCGUUCAAGAGGCAGUUUUCUUCUUCCCCCAUCGGGCCGGGCGAGAGAGCAUCGACCGCGGGCAAGAGCUGGACUGGGAUCUCGCACCCUAAAGGAAAAAACAAGAACCCGGCAUAUAUUUUUCUUCUUCAACUUGUCCUGGCAGACCAGUGAAGCAAGGUUCGUUUGGUCGAUCUAUCGAUCCGUAUUGGGGUUGUCCAGUCUUGGUGACCGAUGAUGAACGUUCUCUCUAGCCACCCCCAGAACCUGCAGCUCCGAAUUCAUCACGACACAUCUUCUCCCCUCCGGAGUAGGAACGGUUCAGGCCAGCUCGCUGUCAACUCUGAUCCUGGCUCGAGGAUGAGGAGGCCUUCCUCAUUGCGUCGACGCGCCGUUACGGUCAGAGCGGUCAUUGAUGGCGGCGGAGGCGAAUCGAGCAGCGGCAAAGACGGCGACGAUGGUGACGAUGAAGAAGACAAGGAGGGGGAGGGGAUGUCAUCGUCGUCGUCGAGAAGGAACAGAGAGGACCUAGAGCGCUUGGUGGGCAGUGACGACGACGCGAGCUUCAGCGGCCUGGACCUCGCAACCCUCAUUCGGAAGCGGUACGGUCGCUCCUACGACGUCACCCUCAUCAGGAAGGAGUUCAUGGGUCGGAACCUGCUGGCGAUGAACGUGAUGUGGAAGUACCGGGAGCAGCGGUCGUUCCCGCUCACGGAGGAGGAGUACCUGCUGCGCCUCGACGACGUCGCCAACACACUCCGCUGCUGGGGUGCCGUCGCGCACGUCAGGAACACGCUCGAGAAGGUUAGAGAGCGGCCACGCAUCGGCAAGGCCGUCAGCAUCUUCAUCGACAUGGACACCACCGGCGGGGCACGCUCCGACGAGUGGAUCUACAAGUGACCCAGCUCGAUCAAGUACUCGAUUGAGACUUUCGCGAGGAUGCGAUGUGCCUAUGUAUGUUCUGCUACCUUGUUAUUCGAGUGCAGACCUGCAUAACGCUAAUUCAUGUCAGCUACUAUUAUAGAUAGAUGAACGAUUAUUAGCUGCCUACAACUGAAUCGCAGACAUGUCUUCUUCCCUCAACAAACAAAAAGGAGAAGUGCACCGCUGCAUGCAAGGCGUGUCUGUACUGCUGGCUUGUAAUUCAGGUGCAGCCUCGCACAGUGCCACUGUCAGGUAUAGUAUAAAUUGAAUAGAAAUUGAUGAGUAAAUGAAUGAUUAA